AUGAUCAAGACUUCAGUUGCCAUCGCUGCCCUCAGCGCUGGAGGAGGCGCUGCUCUUACUGCCGCUCUCUAUUCUCUCCGCCCCAGCAAAGACAAGACCGCAGAGAUGCCACCCACGCUCGCUCCCUCUUCUUCUUCUUCACUAUCCUCUACUGCCAUCGCUUCUUCCUCGACCGCCGUCGCUACAAUCCCAGCCAACCAAAUCUUUGGAUCUGCAGCAGCUCCCUCGCCGCCCCUGGGUUCUGCGCCUGUCAACCCAGGCGGCCUGUUCGAAUAUGGCUUCCCCGGCCCCGUCUCCGACAUCGCCAGCCGCGCCGCCCUCAUCUCGAGCUACGACCGGCGCAUGCGCAACCCUCACUGGGUCGUCGAGCACAUAACCCCCGAGUCCCUGGCCAAGCGGGACGGCGACCGCAAGAACAGCCAGUUCCUCGAGGACACGGGCGUGCCCGCAAAGUUCCGCGCCCUGCUCAAGGACUACUACCGCAGCGGCUACGACAGAGGCCACCAGGUCCCUGCCGCGGACGCAAAGUGGUCGCAGGCUGCCAUGGACGAGACGUUUUACCUGACCAACAUGAGCCCCCAGGUCGGCGAGGGCUUCAACCGCGACUACUGGGCGCACUUUGAGGACUUCUGCCGCCGCCUGACGCAGAGGUACCCCUCCGUGCGCAUCGUCACGGGGCCCCUGUAUCUGCCCAAGAAGGACCCCAUCGACAACAAGUGGUACGUCAAGUACGAGAUGAUCGGCUCUCCGCCCUCCGUCGCCGUGCCCACGCACUUCUACAAGGUCAUCUUCGCCGAGGACGGCCGGGCCGGCGGCAACGUCGCCAUUGGCGCCUUUGUCUUGCCCAACGCCCCCAUCGACAACGCCAAGCCCAUCACCGACUUCGAGGUCCCCGUCGAGGCCGUGGAGCGGGCCAGUGGUCUCGAAUUCGCCAACCAGCUGCCCAUGCAGCGGAGGAGGAGGCUCUGCGCCGACACGACCUGCUCUCUGAUCAUCAAGGACUAUAGCGAGAGGCAAAAGUCCUUUGGCAAGAGCCGGUCGUCUUCUGCGUGA